AUGAUCCGCUUCUGGCCGGUGCCUGUGCGGAGCCAUUCCAAGUUCACCCCCGCAGUCAAGGGGGACCAGGAGAAAGAUGGAGAGUCCCGUGACGGCUCCCUGGUGCCCUUGGAGGAGCUGUUUGAACGGGCUUGCAAGGGGGAGCGGAACAAAGCCGCCUUCACGCGCGCGGUGGAACUCUUCUGCCAGAGGGACGUCCGGCGGCGAGGUCACAUCGAGUUCAUCUACGCGGCCCUCCAGAAGAUGCCGCAGUUUGGGGUGGAGCGGGAGCUCGACGUCUACAACAAGAUCCUGGAAGUGUUCCCCAAGGAAGUGUUUGUGCCCCGCAAUUUUAUCCAGCGGAUGUUCAACCACUACCCGAGGCAGCAGGAGUGCCAUCUCCACCUCGUCUCCCUCCCAACGUACGCAGGCAUCAUGCCCGACAACCAGACGAAGUUCCUGCUGCUGCAGAUCUUUGGCGCGAAGAGCCACCCCGUCCGCAAGUACCAGCGGUUUAAGCACGUCAACCCCUACCCGGUCCCGGUGCCCCUCCCCCAAGAGCCCAUCGACCUGGCGAGGAUCAGCCUGCAGAGGAUCGCUGCAGACUUGAGUGCCAAGGUCACGGUCUAUCAGAUGCCUCUGACUGACAUUUUGGAUUCCGGAAAAGAAAUCACCCAGCCGCACAUUGUAGGAAUCCAGAGCCCCGAUCAGCAGGAGCUCCUAGCUCACCACAAUCCCGACAGGCCCGUGUUUGUGGAGGGCCCCUUCCCCUUGUGGCUGAAGAAGACGUGUGUUUAUUACUACGUGCUCCGGGGAGAGCUGUUACCUCCUGGAGAAAAGGGAGAGAUGCUCGACUCCGAGAGGAACUUCUACUACCCCAUGCACCUGGAUCUGGAUCUAGAUCGGGGCCCCUGGGAUGAUGAAGAAUUUGACGUGGAUGAAGCGGAGGAAGGCCCCAUCUUUGCCAUGUGCAUGGCUGGGGCAGGAGAUCAGGCCACUUUGGCCAAGUGGAUUUUGGGCCUGCAGCAGAACAAUCCUAUUCUGAGCCAGACGCCCGUUGUGUUCCACCUCGCGCCGGGGCCCCGGGAGCUGCUGGCGGCCUCUGACUCGGAGCCCGGUGAGGAGGAGAUCCCCCAGAGUCGGCGCGCACAGCAAGAGCGUUGAGCCUGGCUCCAUUUCGCCGACUUCCUUGGGGACGGUGGAACUGCGGGGCCUCCCGCCUUGCCCCCCCAG